AUGGAUAUUAUAAACAAAAAAAUAAAAACGCGGCAUAGGCCAGUAGACGAUGAUACAAGCAGUGAUUCCGAAAUCUUAGACGAAGUUUACUCCGAAGCCGCGGUGCCUCAUUGCGCUUGCCCCGCAACCCCGGUUGUAGUGCUCUAUUGGCUCUUAGAGGCUCGCGCGGAACGCUACGCGCUGCACGCUCGUGUCUGGUUACCCUUACUCGCCGUCCCCAGACCCGCGCUUAUGGUGGCCGCUGAUCGUCUCUCGAUCCCCGACGCCCGGAGUGUUGCCUACUGCGGCGGCUGGGGCGUGAGGAGGAGGAUAACUCCCACCUCUACCAACAUAACUGCUUCGCAGAAAGAGGAGACGGCUUCCCAGCUCCUCUCGCGCCGCACUAUGGCCUCGACUAAGGCCGUUUGCGAGAGGUCGCCGCACCUAUAG